AUGGAAGCUGCUGGCAGUGGGCCACAGCUAGAUGAUUUCGAUGAUGACUUAGAUGGUCCGCCGAUGCAGCCUGGCGGGUCCCCAGCCGGCUCUGCUCAUGCUGCAGAAGAGAGAUUGAUGGCUAUCCUGUCUUCGCUGCAGCAGAACCAGCAAGUGUUGCAGCAGAACCAACAAGCUCUCGGUGAGUUGAUGAGAGAUCAGCUGGCGCACAGAGCUCAGAGCUCGGCUUCUCAGGAUUCACUGAGAGGGAAAGACUUGGCAAGGGUUCUUCAACCUCCUGCUCCUUUUGAGGCAAGGAACAGAGAUGAGGAGCUUGCAAGGUGGUCAGCUUGGAGCUGGCAGCUAGAGUCAUGGCUUUGCACUCUGGACACUGGGUUCACAAGGACCUUUGAGUUGAUCAAGGCGCAAGGACAGAACCCUAUAUCGAUGGGUGCGUUGUCUGCUGAGCAUCAAGAACGUUCCAAGCUUCUGUUUGGCAUCUUGUCUGGACUUCUCCACGAGCGUGGGAGAAGAUCGUUGCGUGCGAUUCCGGACAAGAAUGGAUGCGAAGCACUCAGAAGCUUGCAAGUGGAUCUUAUGCCUGGCAAUCGAUCUAGGUUGUUGGCGUUGCUGCAGACAAUAAACCAGUGGCCGAGUUUCAAUCCUAAGGAGGGUUUCAGCCAGCAGAUGCUCAAGCUUGAAGCGGCUUUUUCGGAGUAUGACGAUCAUAGUCAGCAGGGGCUCAGCGAGGACACGAAGAUUGCUUGUUUGCUUCGUUGCGUCACAGGCCAGUUGAAGCAGCAUCUCAAUGUCGCAGUCACAGACAAGACUAAGUAUGCAGAUUUGCGGAGUUUGGUGUUGCGCUGGGAUAAUGCACAGACUCGUUGGGACAAUGCAGUUGCUGCUACGUAUUCCUUGGGUGAUGGUCGUGGUGGCCAAUCUCAGAGUCAGCCCAUGGAGGUCGAUUCCAUCGGCAGCGAGCACUCCAAAGACCAGAACGAUCGAUGCUUGUACUGCGGAAAGCCUGGACACUGGAAACGCGACUGCUUCAAGUUCAAGAGGGACAAAGGUCAGUCAGUGAACCAGGUGAGUUCUGCUGGCGAAGAGACGAGUGCCAUCGAUGCUACUUCGAUUACUGCAUCGACUGUCGCCCCUAGCCACAGCGCAUCGAAUGUUCCUGCAGUUCCCAAGCGGAUUCAGAUGCUUUCUCGAAUCGAUGACCAGGGAACGUUCGACUUGACAGCUUUCGAUGAUGAUAAUGUGAUUGGCUUUGGUGGUUCGCUUCGCAUGGUGCAAUCAACGCGUGUAGAGCAGUUUGACAUGUCUUGUGGCGACAGUAUCGAUGAAUGCGCCAUCGAUGGAGGUCCUUGGAAGAUCGAUUUUGAGUAUAGCAUUUUCGAUCUGGAUGCUGCUCAGCUGUGUGCCCUUUGUGCGCACGCGAAUGAUGAUUCCCAGGAGAUCAUCCUAGAUAGUGGUGCAGAUUGCAGUGCUUUGCCCAUGUCUUUCAAACAUGUUGGUGUGGCGGAUCGAGCCGCGCCAGGGAUGUAUGUCGAUGCGCAGGGCAAUCCACUUCGUACAGCUGGAGUGCGUAUUGCCGAGGUGAGCAUAGGUCAGCUGAAGUUCAAAGAACGCUUUGUGAUCAGUGAUGUCACUAUGCCGUUGAUAAGCCUGGGAAAAUUGUACAGAGCCGGGUGGUAUGUGGUUCCGCAGGGUGAGAGCUUGCAGCUGACAGAUGGGAUCCAGAAAGAACCUGUAGGUUUUCGCAAGCAGUCCUUGUGUGUGAGCGGUAGCAUCAGGGUCCUGUCUUCGCAGAGUUCAACAAUCAGGGCCAUCGUGAAUGUGACUGUGAAAGAACCGCUCUUGAGGUUGAAUGCGGGAUGGAGCCGAAUUGACCAUCGAAUCUUUGGCAUGAAGACCUUCUCGAAGCACUUCAUUGAUACUACGCUGAUCCCUCUUUCGGAGCUCAUCUGGAGGAGAACCACAUUGAUAAGGAGAGGCGCAACAUGGGAGCUGAUUGAGUUUAGUGAAGACAUCACAAACCUCGAUGACAUGUGUGCCGCUUUCGAUGAUUCCGAUAGUGUUGAUGAAGUGAUCACGAUCGCUCAUAGCAGUGCUGACCUGACCCCUUCAGACAUGUUCUUCGAGGUUGUAGAUGAGAAUCAACCGCCAGCCUCAAGGGUUCCAGAGCCAAGAGAGGAAGAAGGUGCCCCAGCCAGUGAGGACCCUCAACAUGUAGAGCCUCCUGUUGACCAACGUGAGGAAUUGGUGCCUCCGGAGUCCGUUGAGAUCGAUGGCGUGAUCGUUGAUGGCGAUUCGUCAUUGGCGGUGAUGCGCAAUGCUUGCAAGGCCUUAGGACUUCCGGAGCAUGGCAAUAGGGCACAGAUUUUCAAACGAUUGGGUAAGCAUUGUGUUCAGCAUGAGCUAUUGCAGAAAAGACAUGUGAGCCACACGUUGCAGUCCGAGUUUGAAAGAGAACCUCGUGGACAAUCUGUAGCAGAGGAGCCAUCACGGGAAGAAAUUCAGCAGCAUUCGUUGACACAUGAGCCCUACAGAGCGUGGUGCAAAUACUGCGUUUCCCACAGAGCUAGACAAGACCAACAUGCUAGUGUUGCUGAUCAUGAAGGUUCCUCGUCUUCAGUGAUAUCGAUCGACUUCGGGUUCCUCUCUCGGAAGGAAGGUGAUCGCAACAAGCUCACAGUACUGUUUGCGCAUGAUCGGUUUUCGAAAGCGGUGUGCGCAAUACCUACCCCGAGAAAAGGCGGGCAGGCCGCUUUAUCUCACAUGACCACUGAGCUGUGUAGAUUCGUUCUUUGGCUGGGACAUCGAUCGAUCACCCUCAGGUCCGACAAUGAAAACAGCGUGCUAGCGGUGGUCGAUGGUGUCCGCAAGAUUCUGAGAGCCCAAGGCGUGGAAGUUCACAAGGAUUCCAUACCGAUCGAUGCUCAUCAGUCUAAUGGACCGGUGGAACAAGCAGUGCAAUCCAUUCGCCAGUUAGCGUGCACACUUAUGUCUCAGCUCGAGGCAGGACUUGGAGCUGCCCCUGAUUCGGUGUUGUUCGACACCGACCACCCGAUGUGGCAAUGGGCCAUAUGCCAUGCAGCUUGGGUCAAGACAAGGUUCUCAGUAACGCAGGGGUGUACUCCAUAUGAACGCCUCACAGGUUCGGUGUACCGCGGAAAAGUGUGCAUCUUCGGAGAGGCAGUGAUGGCCUACUUGAAGCAAUCCCCGAAAGCUGCUCCCAAGUGGCAACGCGCUGUUUGGUUAGGAAAGACCGUGGCGAACGAUGUGAACAUCCUUGGCGUUCCCGGUGGCAUCUUUGUUUCAAGGUCGGUGAGGCGGUUCAGUGAUUGUUGGGACGACAAGUUGAGUGCAGAGAUUGACACUUCGGUUUGGCAACAUGGUCUUGCUAGUUUAGGAGGGACGCUUGUCUUGAAGUCAAAGAAACCGGUUCCUGCGCCGCAACCAGCUUUGGCACUUCCGGUGGAGGCGGGGAUGCCAACAGGUGGUGACGAAGCUGUGGAGGCGCCCCAAUCAGAUGUUGCAGCAAGUGAUCCAACAGAUUCAGCUUCUCAAGUGGGAGCGCAAAGUUCGAUGUCCAUCGAUGCGAGUUCAAUGUCAGUUGGUGCCAACGGAGGCAUCACCAGCUUCAUCGAUGAUGCAGAGAGCGAUGCACCGAGAGAUGCAUCCAUGCCUUCAGUUCCAGAGCGUAGCGAGUUUGCAGAGAACCCAAAACCUUCAAAGCAGCAGAAGACUGAGCAAGGCAGCAUCGCAAUGAUCUCUUCUACAGGUUCUAGCAUGCCAUCAGCAGAGGUGCAUACCCUUGUUGGCUGUGAAGAACAGCCUUGCGUCGUUGAGAUUCGGAAGGUGAGCUACCAGCAUGAAGAUGAAUCCGUAGAGCUUGCUUUUGAUCAGGACGCAAUCGAUGCCAUGGAGCAGUAUGACUACGACGAUUAUCAAGCUGAUCAGAACGGUGAUUCAGGCGACUUGGAUCCAAGGUUGUGUAGACCGCGUCUUUCGGAAACAGAGCCAGAAUGUUCAGAAGAAGAAAUGAGGGAGUUGGACUCCAUUGCGGAUCAAGUCGAGAUCUCACGAUUGAAGAAUAUGGCGGUGUUGCAAGAUGCUAGCACAAAAGACUUGUCGGGUGCUGUUCACUUAACCACGAAAAUGGUCAGGACAUGGAGGCAGAAAGAGGCAGGGAAUCCAUCGAUGCCAAUCUGGUAUCGUCGAAGCCGAUAUGUCGCAAGAGAAUAUGCUUGGUUGACCGAAAGGAAUGACCUUUUCAGCCCUGCCAGCAGCAGCCUGUGCAAUCGCCUUCUCCCGAUUCUGUUCAUGUACGAAAGAGCCCAAUACGACGACGAUGAAAUCAACGACGACGACAAGUUGAUCUUGUUCUCCGUGGACAUCGGGGAUGCAUUCCUCACCGUACCCCAGGUCCGGCCAACAUAUGUGACGUACGUGGGGGUCGAUGGGGUCAAAGAGAUCUUCUACCUGGGAUUCGUUUUACCGGGGCAGAGGUCGGGGUCGAGUGAUUGGUAUGAUGACUUCAUGGGGUUCCUCAAAACCAACUUGAACAUGACUGAGUGUGAGGUUCACCCUUCCCUCGUCAAGUCGUUAGACGACAUGACCCGGUUCCUCAUGCAGAUGCACGUUGAUGACAUGUUGGGGUUUGGCACGCGCAAGUAUGUGCACCAGAAGUUCUUGCCAACUUUGAAGACGAAGUACAGGGUGACAGCGCAGACCAUCGAGAAGGUGGGGGAUGCGAUUUCAUUCCUCAAAAGAAAACAUUCGCUUAUCAGCAGCGAGCAGUUGCUGCUCACUCCGAGUCCAAAACACUUCGACAAGCUUUUCGAGUUGCUUGGUCUAGAUGAGAGUGUUUCGCCAAAGAAAACCCCUUACAUGUCGCAACUUGAUGAUGUCGACAACUCCCCAGAGCUGAAUGCCAUCGAUGGAUCGAUCUACCGCAGCGGGAUCGGGCUUCUCCUAUACCUAUCGGUAGACCUCCCGGAGUGUCAAGGGGCGAUUAGAGCUUUGUCGUCUCGCAUGGCACGACCAACACAGCUUGCAAUGCUAGGUCUUCGACAUUUGGGGAAGUACCUUCUGGCAACGAGAUACCACGGGCUGAUGAUCGUCAAAACCAAGCCUGGGGAGGGGUUGAUGGGUCCAAGGAAUGAUGCGAGCGAUCAAAAGAUCAUCCUCGAGAGCUUCAGCGACGCCAAUUGGGCCUCUUGCAAAUCCACAAGAAGAUCAGUUAGUGCGUCUGUGAUUUGUGUUGCCGGUAACAUGCUCUUUAGCUCGUCACGUACGCAGAGAGUGGUGGCGUUAUCGACAGGGGAAGCUGAGAUGUUGGCUGCUGCAAGCAGCAUGUGCGACAGCCUGAUGAUCAAAGAACUGCUCAGGUUCGCUGACUAUGGGGAGGUGAAAAUAUUUCACCACAUCGAUGCCUCCGCGGCAAAAGCGAUGUUGGAGCGAUCUGGAAGUGGCAAAGUCAGACAUCUAUCAUGCAGAGUGCUUUGGACUCAGCAGAUGAUCAAAUCCAAGCAGGUCUCUUUGCUGAAAAUCAGCACUACCUUUAACCCCUCAGACCUUGGAACGAAGGGUUUGUCAAGGUCUAGAACUAGAAUGUUGCAGUGCUUGAUUCGCACAUGGGACGAGCUGACCGAAUCGUUUGUUGGCUUCGAGGAGUUGAGUGAGGAGAGAGAGAAGCAGAGUUUCAGAGCGAAUUUGCGCAUCUUGAGAGACAUCCGAGCGCCGAUCAGAGUGUCCAAGAGUUCUUUGCGGGCACUUGUUGCGAUGGCGAUGGUCAGUGCCGCUAGCGCCUUGAGCCCCAGCAACGCAAUGGGGAUGUGGUAUGCUGUGGCUGAGAACCUCAGUGGGUUGCCCACCUUGUAUGCUGUGAUUCUUCCAGUCAUUCUCGGCAUCUUCGUUUGCGGGCUUGUCGGUACGUUGUUGAUCAUGAAGCCUCAGCCGAUAAUCAUCACCGGAAGCUUUGACCAGCAGCUGAACAAGUUCGCAGAUAGUGAUGGCUACGGGGGACACAUCGAUCUGAGAAGCAGGUCAUGCUCAAUUGCGCUGAGUGAUUCUUCAACGUCAACAGAGCACAAGGAGGUGACGGUUACACAGAAGCGUGUACACAGCAAAGAUCCCGAGUUGAAGAAUCCGGUGUGGGUUGCUAAGGGCUACGGCAAGAGAUAUCACUUGUAUGGUUGUGGCAAGCUGAACCAGGCGUUUGAAGUCACCGAGAUCAGCGAGGAGAUUGCGAUUCAGAAGGGUUUGGAGCCGUGUAGCUUUUGCAAUCCUCACCUCAGGUAUCAUCCCAAGGAGUUCGUGAAGAACAAGUAG